AUGGCGGCCAAGCGCAGCACGUCGCGCCUGUUCCGCGACGACCACGAGACGCUGAGCGCUGACGUCACGCCCGUCGCUGUCGCUGUCGCUGCUGCGUCCGACAGCGCGUUGAACUCGAGCACGAGUGGGUACAACACGCUCGGGAGUCCCGCGUUGCUGCAGUCGCCGCACCAAGUGCGCAAGAGCAGGGGCAGACGGGCCGUUGGUGACGGUGACGCGAAGGUCGUGGAAACGAAAGGUCGCGCGUACUUAUCGCACCACUCGUCGUCCUCGGUUUCAACGGGCCCGACUCGUCCCCUGCGCAAAAGCGACGGCAUCGCGAAGGACAACCUUCGUACGACCUCCGCCUCGCCCACCUCCACGACCGACGCCACGUCCGCGUUGCGCGAAGUGUACUUCAACUACGCCCCCGGCAACGCGCCCUUUGACCGCUGCUCCAACGUCGUGGUCACGUCCAAGUACUCGCUCGUGACGUUCCUGCCCAAGUUCCUCAAGGAAAGCUUCACCAAAGUCGCCAACUUCUUCUUCCUCAUGGUCUGCGUGCUCCAGAGCAUCCCCAGCAUCAGCAACACGUACGGGUACCCGACGAACGCCCCGGUGCUGUUCUUUGUCAUUUCCAUUGACGCCGUGUUUGCCGUGAUGGAGGAUCUGCGGCGCCAUGCGUCGGACAAAGAAGCCAAUGCCGCCACGUGCCACGUGAUCCAGGAUGGACGCGUGCUGGACCGGAAAUGGGCCGACAUUCGAGUCGGGGAUUUCCUCCAGAUCUACAACCGGGAAGUCAUUCCAGCAGACGUGCUGGUGCUGGCAGUGGCCGAGCCGGUGGGGGAACCCCCGAGCGGCAUUUGCUAUGUGGAGACCAAGAGUCUCGACGGUGAGACGAACUUGAAGCUGCGUCAAGCAGUCGCAGCGACCAUGGGCUCCUUGUCGAAUGCUGCGGAGCUGGCGCACUUGCGUGGCGUGGUCAAGUGCGAGCGGCCGAACCCGCACAUUAACAAAUUUGCAGGCAAAGUUGAAGUGACAGUUGGUGACGGCUGUGGGGUUGAAGUCGUCCCGCUCUCGGUGAAGAACGUGCUGCUGCGAGGGUGUAACCUUCGUAACACGGACUGGGUCUUUGGACUCGUGCUGAAUACAGGAAACGAUACCAAGAUCAUGCAGAGCGCGAGUGCAGCGCCGUCCAAGUGGAGUGACCUUAUGCUCAGUAUCAAUCGCAUGAUUGUGUUCCUCUGCUUAGGUCUGUUUGUAGCGUGCGCUGUCGCGGCAUCGUGCUACGUUACGUGGCAGUACGAGAUCGUGCGCAACACGUGGUAUAUCCAGCUAUCAGAAGCUGAGAAGAACCGCUCGCGCUUUGUCGCGUUCAUCCAGAUGAUGUUUUACUACUUCUUGCUGCUCUACCAGGUCAUUCCGAUCUCGCUCUACGUGUCCAUGACGACCGUCAAGUUCUUGCAGUCUCGAUUCAUGGCGUGGGACCUCGAGAUGUACCAUGCAGAGUCGGACACGCCUGCUAUUGUGCGAACGAUGGAGUUGAACGAAGAGCUGGGUCAGAUCUCGUACGUUUUCAGUGAUAAGACGGGCACGUUAACGUGCAACGUCAUGGAGUUUCGUCGAUGUUCGAUCAACGGCACCUCGUAUGGGUCUGGUCUCACGGAAAUAGGACGCGCUGCACUGACUCGUGCCGGGAAACCAAUUCCGACGGAGCCUCGGCUAGAUCCGAGUAUUGAGAAGACCCCGUUUGUGAACUUUGUCGACAAGUCACUUUUCGAUGAGAUGGAGGGCAGUGCUGGUGAGGAGCAGAAGGGAAAGAUACUGCAAUUCUUUGAGCACCUUGCCGUCUGUCACACGGUGAUUCCUGAAAAGCUGGAGUCUGGUGAGAUUCGUUUCUCGGCGUCAUCUCCUGACGAGCAAGCUCUUGUGGCUGGUGCAGCUUUUGCAGGAUUCAAGUUUGAGAGCCGUAGUGUUGGGACGGCCGUGGUGGAUGUGCUAGGAAAGCGUGUGACCUACAACGUGCUCGACGUGCUCGAGUUUACUAGUACACGAAAGCGAAUGUCUGUCGUAGUGCGCAAACCAACCGGGGAGCUACUGCUUUACACAAAAGGAGCUGACAUGAUGAUAUACCAGCGCCUGAGAUCGGACCCCGCGAUGCUGAAGCUCAAGAACAUCACACGUGAUCAUAUGGAGAAAUACGCUGAUGAUGGAUUGCGUACUCUGGCGCUAGCAGUGAAAACGCUUGAUGAGCACUGGUUCCAACAGUGGAAGACCCGGUUUGAUGACGCACAGGGCAAUGUGGCUGAACUUGAUCGACGCAAAGAUGGCGAGCAGAAUGCGAUUGAUGAUUUGAUGGAAGAAAUUGAGGAGGGACUGGAGCUCAUUGGAGCAACGGCAAUCGAAGACAAACUGCAGGACGGCGUUCCACAGUGCUUAGCAAAUUUGACACGAGCAGGGAUCAAGGUGUGGAUGCUUACGGGCGACAAGGAAGAGACUGCGAUUAACAUUUCGUACGCGUGCUCGUUGCUUGACAAUUCGAUCCAGCAAGUCAUUAUUAAUGCCACCACAUGUCCGGAUGAAGCAUCGCUUCGCGCGAAAUUGAGCGCAGCCACUGCUGAGUUCUUGGACAAUUCAAAAGGUAUGGCAAGUGGUACGGAGAAGGAAGUCUCGCUGGUCAUUGACGGCGAGGCAUUGGAAAUGGCUUUGAGUCCGGAAUCUGCACCGCACCUGCUAUCGUUUGCCAAGUUGUGCCGUGCUGUGAUUUGUAAUCGCGUGUCUCCUGCUCAAAAGGCAGAGAUGGUGAAACUUGUUCGGGAUAAUAUCACAACUGUGCGGACAUUGGCAAUCGGAGAUGGAGCGAAUGACGUUGCCAUGAUUCAGGCCGCUCAUGUCGGGGUGGGCAUAUCAGGACAAGAAGGUAUGCAGGCGGUAAACUCGAGUGAUUACGCCAUCGCUCAGUUCCGAUAUCUCGAGCGGUUGUUGCUGGUCCACGGCCGUUGGAAUUAUAUCCGCAUUUCCAAGUUGGUUCUGUACAUGUUCUACAAGAACAUUACACUUGUUAUGGUGCAGUACUGGUACGGCUACCUCUCAGGUGCUUCUGGCUCCAAGCUGUACUGGGAAAUCGGUGUCCAGCUGUACAAUAUUGUUUUCACGGGUCUGCCGAUCGUUGUAGUGGGUGUGCUCGACAAAGACUUGCCAGCACCAUUUAGCAUCGAUUACCCGGACUUGUACCGUCGUGGCCCGGAUCGCUUUUUCUUCAACAUGUACACGUUUUUUCGCUGGAUAGCUGCUGCUUUCUUCGAAUCGCUCAUUAUCUUUGUCGUGAUGACGUUUGGCUUCAAUGCAUCCGAUAAGGCGGCAGGCAGCGAAUCUCGAGUGGAAUUCGGCAUGGUUGCCUUCUCGCUGACAGUUUUGAUUGUGAACAUCAAGAUCUGGAUGAUUGCAGAUCGAUGGACUGUGCUGUCGUUCUCGUUGUGGUUCGGCAGCGUCAUGGCAUGGUUCAUCCUCGCGUCUAUCGGUACCCAGACGCCGUACAUUGCAACGUUCAAGGUCGGUUACGACGAGUUUGGUGCAUUCGCCCCUACUGCUAGGACGUGGGGCUACCUCCUGGUGCUGGUCAUGGGUUGUGCGCUUGCACUCGGACGCCACAUUUCGUACAACCUGUUCCAGCGGACGUUCCACCCGGAUCUUGCCCAGCUUCUUCAGGAGUCGAUGGGCGGUUCUUCCCGUCACAAGUCGGAACGCCGCCUGACGAUCGACCACAUUGAGGAGCAGACGCUGUCCAUGUCGUUGGACGACGUCCACACGACCAGUUACUUGAGCGACUUUGGCCACACGGACGCCGACAUUGUCAAGAGCCAGCACCCUCCGAGAGCUGUCCAGACGGCAGAGCACGAGCAGCAGCUGCCCCAGGACGUGGCAAACCUGACCGGGACACGCAGUGGCCCCGCCAAGUCCGGCGGUACGGAACACUAUUCAGCCAGCGUGUUCAGUGAGACGAUUUCCGAGGAGACAACGUGGGACCGCGCGCCGUCCACGAUGCUCCGACCGACGCCCGGCCGCCGCCCAACCGGCUACGCGUUCAGCUGCGACGAGGAGACGACGCUCGCCGAGUCGUACAUUGCGUCCAACUCGUUGCCGCGCUCGGACGCCAUUGCUACGGCCAUGCGGAACUCCACUUGCAGCUCGACGGGAGACGCCAGUGGACGUCGUUGCUCUCGGGCGCGCAUACCUUCGUAG